AUGGACAUCUUUCACAAGAUGAACCUGCCAGCGCUCUCUGAAAAGGCGAGGGAUGAAGUGGAAAAGUCUUCACUGGCUGAAAGACUAGGAGAUUCUACACCCCCAAAGACUGAUCCAGGGACCAGCAUGGAGGGACUUCCAGAAAUGUCACAAGAUAUGGAAAAAAAUGGUACCACCACAACAAAGACAAAAGACCAAGACCAUGGAGGUGACGAGUGGCUCUACAAACAUCAUGUGAUGGAAAAGUUCGCAGGGACAUUGGGUGCCCACCAUGGUUUUGAAACCUUUGCCUCUGAUUGUCCACAAAUGCAAACAUUGUUUGGGGUCUUCACGCCAGACCAGAAGGGCUUCCGGCCUCUCACCGUGGUCCUGCACGGAAGACCAGGGGUAGGGAAGUCGACUUUGGCCAGAAGAAUCCUGCUGCACUGGGCCCAUGGGGAGCUCUACCAGGGCUUGUUCUCCUACAUCUUCUUCCUUGAUGCCAGAGACAUACUGUUGAGGGAGAAAAGCAGUUUUGCAGAGUUAAUUUUCAGGGAGUGGCCAGGCUCCUCAGACCCCACGACGAAGAUCUUGUCCCAGCCAGAAAAGCUCUUGUUUGUGGUCGAUGGUUUUGACGACCUGAACGCUGCCUUCGAAGAUACCAACAUGCAUCUUUGUACCGACUGGACAGAGAAGCAGACGGGGUCCAUCCUGAUAUAUAGUCUGCUGAGAAAGGUCCUGUUCCCAGAGUCCUCCCUAAUAGUCACCGUCAGAGAUGUAGGUGUGGAAAAGCUCAAAGCCAUGGUCACCACUCCCCAGUACCUCUUUGUCGAAGGAAUCUCGAUGGAAAGAAGGAUCCAGUUGUUCCUCGAGCACAUCAAGAAUGAGGACCAAAAAAUGCAACUCCUGCACUCAGUGGUAGACAACCACAUGUUGAUUGAUAUGUGCAAGGUGUCCACUGUGUGGUCACUCCUCUGUCAGGCUCUCGAGCUGCAGGUGGCAUCAGGAAAGAGCCUGCUCCCUACCUGCCAGGUGCUCACAGGCUUGUACACUACCUUUGUGGUGCAUCAGCUCACCCCUCGAGAUGCCCCAGGGCGUGGUCUCAGUCCGGAGGAAAGAGUCAUUCUGAAGGGUUUGUGCCGGAUGGCCGUGCAGGGCAUCUGGACCAUGAAGUUUGUGUUUUACCCCGAUGACCUGGCCGUCCACGGACUGACAGAGCUGGAGCUCUCCUCUCUGUUUCGCAGAAACAUCCUCCUCCAAGACACCCACGAGGACAGGUGUUUCACAUUCCUGCACCCAAGCCUGCAAGAGUUCUGUGCUGCCUUGUACUAUGUGCUAGAAGGACUGGAAAUGGAGUGGUAUCCCCACCCUCUGUAUGUGGAGAACAUGAAGACGUCGAAGGAGCUCAAACAGGUCAGCUUCAACGUCCACUUGCUCCAGAUGAAGCGUUUCUUGUUUGGCCUCAUGAACCAAGAGCUGGUGAGGACGCUGAAGGACUUGCUGAGGUGUCCCCUUGCCCUGGUGGUGAGGCGGGUGCUUCUCCACUGGGUCUCUCUGUUGGGUCAACAGGCCAACACCUCCUCGACUCUGGACUUCCUGGACGCCUUCUACUGUCUCUUUGAGACCCAAGAUGAAGAGUUUGUCCGUUCUGCAUUGAAAGACUUCCAAGAAGUGAGGCUAAUGGUGAGCCGGCCGAUGGACCUCCUCGUGUCCUCCUUCUGUGUCCAGCAUUGCCUGAACCUGCAGAAAAUUCGAAUGGACGUCAGAGAGAUCUUCUCAGAAGACGAGUCUACUGAGGCACAGCUGGUCACUCUGCAAGGGGUGCAGAUCAAGCCCCUGGUGAAUGAGUGGUGGAAGAACCUCUGCUCUGUGCUCAGCGCCCAGCCGAGCCUGCAGCAGCUGGACCUCAGCGGCAGCAUCCUGAGUGAAUGGGCCAUGAAGACCCUGUGCGUCAAGCUGAGACAGCCGACCUGUAGAGUCCAGAAGCUGAUAUUUAAAGGUACGCAGAUUACCCUUGGUCUCCAUCACCUCUGGAAGACGCUCAUCAUCAGCCCCAGUAUUAAGUACGUAAACUUGGAAAGCACUCACCUGAAGGAGGAAGAUUUAAGGAUAGCAUACGAAGCGCUGAAACACCCUAACUGUGUGUUGGAGUCUUUAAGGUUAGAUCACUGCGGAUUAACCCACCCCUGCUGCCAGCUGCUCUCCCAAAUCCUGCUGACCUCCACCAGUCUGAGAUGUCUGAGCCUCGCUGGAAAUAAGGUGGCAGGCCUGGGCGUCUUGUCUCUCUGCGAGGCCAUGAAGGUCUCCCAGUGUUCCCUGCAGAGGCUGAUACUAGGGAACUGCAGUCUCACAGCCGCCAAUUGCUGGGACCUGGCCUCAGUGCUCUGCUGCAACCAGAGACUGACACACCUGGACCUGUCCGCCAACACACUGGUGGCAGAAGGUGUGACUGCAUUGUGUCGACCCUUAAAGCUUGUCACCUGUGCUCUACAGAGGCUGAGGCUCAGAGAAUGCAACCUGGACAUCCUGGGCUGCAGCUUCCUUGCCCUCACCCUAACGAGCAACCGUCACCUGACGCACCUGAGCCUCAGCGUGAACCCCUUGGGAGAUGAUGGCAUCAACCUUCUGUGUGAGGUCCUGGUGGAAACAUCCUGUCACCUCCAAGACCUGGAGCUGAUGAAAUGCUGCCUCACAGCCGCCUGCUGCAAAAGCCUGUGCACCGUGAUCACCCGGAGCAAGCACCUGAGGAGCCUGGACCUUGCCGCCAAUGCCCUGGGUGAUGUGGGGGUGGCAGCCCUGUGUGAGGGACUGAAGCAAAGGACAACAGGUCUGAAGAGACUCGGGUUGGAGGCAUGUGGAUUGACGUCUGACUGCUGUGGGGUCCUGGCCUCGGCUCUCGUCUCCAACCAGCACCUCAGCAGCCUGAACCUCAUGCGGAAUAAUUUCACUCCUGAGGGAAUAAAGAAGCUGUGCUCAGCCUUCGAACACCCCAUGUCUAAUCUACAAGUUAUUGGGCUGUGGAAGUGGCAAUAUCCUGGUCCGACAAGAAAACUGCUGGAGAAGGUCCAGGCACUGAAGCCCCACAUGGUGAUUGGCGAUGACUGGUAUUCCUUCGACGAGGACGACCGGUACUGGUGGAAAACCGAAGCCAGGAAACCCCGCCCACCUGCUCUGGGUGGCGGAGGAACCUCGACCUGAAGGCCGUCUGCUCCCAGUACGCUGUGCCCCAAAGGGGGGCGCUCCUCCUCGGAAGCGGAAACAGAUGUCUGAUUGUCACAAAGCCCCCCGCUGGCGGUGACCCUGUGUGUCCUUUGUACCUUGGUUCAUAUGGUGGCCUCAGACGUAGGCUGCAAGUCGCAGGACCCAAGUCGCUGCAAAAUGUCUGUCCUACCUCUCAGAUGACGUCCAAUAAACACUGAGCAUUUGCAGAGGUGUGAAGCGUCCUUCUUGCUCAAGAGCGGAGGUGGCAGGACGUAGGAAUUUUGACAACACGACUCCAGUGGUGGUAAAAAUAAACCUUUAACGAGUACCCAUCUGAAUGUCUAAGAAGGAUGUGGCAAGUCCUGGCCGGGUGGCUCUGCUGGUUAAUUUGUUGCCCUGGUCACCAAAAGGUGACAGGUUUGAUCCCUGGUCAGGGAACACACCUAGGUGGCAGGUUCAAUCCCCAGCCGGGAGGAUUGUCUGCGGGAGGCAACAGAUCUCUCUCUCUCUCUCUCUCUCUCUCCCUCCCUCUCUUCCCCCCUUUCUCUCCUUCUACCCUCCUUUCCUCUUUCUCUAAAAUCAGUCAUAAAAAUCCUCGUGUGAGGAUGUUAA